CCUCUGGUGCAGCCAAACAAACUCACCAUCCUCUCUCUGCUCUUUUAGGGGAACUUUGGCUUCCUGUUGUCUGGUUCCGCACGGUUACACAUGCAGACACUUUCAGACGAAGCUCAUCCUGUAGUAGAGUUUGUGUAGUUAUAAAAACAGCUCUUUUUGAGGCGCAUUCCUCCUCACGAAGCUGCUCCGUUUUUCUGUCAUUAGCCGAGUGUAGCCUUCAUCAUCAUGUCGCUGCCGCAGCAACUACGAGACGAAAGUGACUUCGAUCAACUGCCUCACAACAUCCCUAUCUCAGCAACCAUUGCUGAUAUUGAGGAGAAGAAAGGCUUCAUUGACUACUUUAGGUUUGUGAUUGAGGUGAAGACUAAAGGCGGGGGAAAGUACCUCAUCUACAGGAGGUACAGAGAGUUUUUCAACCUGCAUCAAAUCCUGGAGUCCAAAUACUCGCCGGAAGACCCAGAGAAACCUGGUCCCAACACCUGCAUCCUGCCCUCUCUUCCAGGAAAGGUCUUCAUUGGAAACAAGCAGGAGAUUGCAGAGAGCAGGAUCCCUGAACUCAACACGUACAUGAAGAGGUUGCUGGGUCUGCCAACAUGGUUUCUGCUUGACGACACUCUCAGGAUGUUUUUCUACCAGACGGACCAGGACAGUGAACAACAACCCCGAGCCCUUAGGCGUCUCCGCCCACCGACCCGAAAAGUGAAGACGGUUAAACCAAAGAUGGACCUCUUCUCCUCCCCCAGGGCCGAGGCGAUGUUUGACUUUCGCGGCAACGGCAAGGCGGAGUUGAACCUGAAGAGGGGAGAGGUGAUCUUCCUGCUGAAACGAGUCAACGCCGACUGGCUGGAGGGCACAGUGAACAAUCAAACAGGCAUUUUCCCACAAUCCUUUGUGAAGAUCAUUAAGCCCCUCCCAGACAGUGACUCAGAAGGUGAGGGUGGAGGCCACACCUACAGCUGCCUACGCUGCUUCCUUCUGACCCCCUCUGGAGUCCAAACCAGGGACGUUUGUGUCCAAGAGGACCUGACUAUCCAGCCGACGUACAAGGACCUCCUGUCUCGAAUGAGGAACGUCUUCAAAGAGGACGACAUCGCCCUGAACUACCGAGACCCUGAGGGCGACCUGAUCCGCAUCCUGGACGACGAGGACGUCCAGCUGAUGAUCAAGGAGGGCAGAGAUCAGCAGAGAAAAGUCAACAGACCUGUCAAUCAGUUUCCAUGGGAACUGCACGUGACCAUGGCCUCAGACCUCUCUGCUUACAACAACGAGGCCUGAGAGUGUGAACAUAAGGGAAGUAAAGUUUAUGAUAAGGCUUCAUUUAUCCAAACAAGGACUUUCACAAAGUCAAUAUAGAAGUCCCUGUUCGUUUAAAUCUUCUAUUCAACCUCUGCCUUUAUUUGUUUAGAGUUUGAAUGCUGUUUCAGUUGAAGGUCUUUACAUUUCUUUUAAUAAUAAACUAAUUUGAUAACA